AAGUCCGUGAAGGCGCUCAUGCUGGUGGUGCUGGUGUUUGCCGUCUGCUGGUUCCCCCUCAACUGCUUCUUGGUCCUCUCCUCCAGCAAGGUCAUAAGUGUCAACAACACCCUCUACUCUGCCUUCCACUGGCUUGCCAUGAGCAGCACCUGCUACAACCCUUUCAUCUACUGCUGGCUCAACAACAAGUUCCGCACCGGGUUCAAGUCCCUGCUCCAGAUCUGCGCCUGGGAGAGGGACCCUGGCCAGGUCGCCCUUCCCGUUGUGUCCCUGGAAGAAGGGAGAAGGAUGGCAUGGCCCGAGGCUGAAGGAAGGAGGAUGUCUAACGUGGAUCUGGGCAGACCUCACCCAUCCACCUCCAGAAUGAUGUCCGAGGUCCACGGUUUGGGCAUCGAAAUGGGGAGGAUUGGAGGAAGUACCUCAGCUGAAACAGAGUAACUGCCUUGUAGUCCAGCGUUCCAGACGUUUUUGCCGGCGUUGAUGUUGCUGAGCUUCACUUGUAUCGGUGCGCUAGGAUUUCUGAAAAGGAUGUUGUU